AUGAACGUCUCCGAAGGAUUAUCUGAGCAGUUCCGUGAACGACUAAUGAAUCUUGCAUUGGAAUACCUUGGGAGGUACCAGUUGAGAUACCACCGUUUGAUGGUGGUCCGGCGGUACUCUGAAGGUCUGAACCCGAGCCCAGCGGACAAUACUCUAUAUAUCUCUCUUUACACUCCACCUAAUGAUAACUGGGUAAAGGCUCUAGAGGAUAUACUCUUAGCAAUAAAGCCCUUACACUUCACUGGGAGAGUGGAGAUGAUUGACUAUAGAGCCCUGGGGGGCAUGAAAACGUUCUCCCCCAAUGUACCGGACCAACUGGUCCAAGAAUGGGAGCAAAUACAAUCGGUCAUCAUUCACCGUCUAGCUUCUACCAAUAUAAACUGGAAAGCAAUGAUGCUUCUGAAAAGGGGAUAUUGGGAGGAAGUUGCUGUCAAUACGAUAGUGAUAAAAGCAUCUAUCCCAUCAAGAGCGUUGGCUAUCUCUACACGUGAUCGAGUGACUUUCGACCUAGACAAUAUCCUCGAACGAUUUGAUCUUCAAGUUGAAAUUGUGAGAUCUGACCUUAUGUGGGGUCUAUUUGCCGAACCACCAUCCACAGACCCAAGGAAUGUUAGCCUCGGAUGGCCAUUCACAAAUAUCUACAAUCUUAUGGGGAUGAGUAUAGCUAGAGCCGAUACCCCUUAUAUGACAGGAACGCUGGGUGGUUACUUUUGCUUUACGGACGCGGCUGGCUGCGAACAACUCCUUGGGCUAACUUGUUACCAUGUCAUCGGAACAGGUCCUGAUGGCGAAGUUGACUCUCGCUCCGAUAUACAGGCCACCAUUGAUUAUACCAUGCAAAAGAUGUGUACUCCCUCGGCAAAUACUAGAGUUCUGAGUGAGGAGUACCGAGAGAUAGCAAUACAAGCUAAUGAAGCUAGGGAGAGGGAGUUGAAUGAGAUUCGGUUGUUCAAUCCCAACAUUGGAACCGUAGUUGCUACAUCAGGACUUGGAAAUAGAUCCCUAUCUUCGGGAGUUGAAUCCCAUUUGAGCUUGAUGGACUGGGCUCUCAUUCAUAUUAAGAAUGGACGGAAGACGUUUAACUACAUUGCUGAAACCGCACCUGCUUCUACACCUUCAUGGAAGCCGGAAUCCCUGUUUGUUAUAAGAAGAGCUCCUAUAUCCAACUUCCAGGAUAUAGUUGUAAAGAAGGGCCGCACAACGGGUGCAACAUCAGGAAUACUGGACGGACUUGUACCUGCUGCAUUACGCAUACCAGGCUUCCCUGUCGGUGUGCACCGCCGCGGUUGGGUAAUUGUCAGCAAGGACAUGCCCUUUGCAGAAAACGGAGAUUCUGGGGCAUGGGUAUUAAAUAUGUCUGGACAAGUAGUUGGAAUGAUUUUUGCUGGUGACAAGGCCGAUGGGACUGCAUUAAUAGCACCUAUGGACCUUAUUGUCAAAGAUAUAGAGGACAAAUUGGGAAUCCCAAGAGGCUCCUUGAGAUUGAAAGAUUGA